AUGUCCCUUCACAAAUCUCAAGCCACUACGCUCCUCCAUCCGCCCCCGCCUCCUCGGCCUCAAUCUUCUUCUUCUACUACUGCCUCUCCGGUUUGUACAACCAUCAUUGACGAUCAUCAGAAGGAUGGGGAUGAGAAUGAGGAAGACGAGGAGGAGGAGGAACUUACGACAGAAGUCGGCUCGCUCGAUGGGACUCGCUCUUCUGAUAUCUAUUAUCACUCGUUAAACAUAAUUGUUCUCUCUCGUACCAUGAAUCGAAAGGCCAAUUGCGAGGAGAUCCGCAGGGCUGAAGUAGCGGCGAGCGAGCUAGGCAGACAGCAGAUGAAAGUUUUGGAGGCUGGCGCCGCCGUCAGAUUGGAUCCUAGCGCUAGAGUUAAGAUCAAUCCUGAAUUAACUUGUGAAGCCAGGUUGUUGACUCCUUCACAGGCAGCAAAGCCUUCGGCCAGCGGAACUCCUAGCAGCUCUACCGCCUCCUCGGCGAUUACUAACAACGCGACCAAGGAGAAAACUCAGCUCUCAAAGUUUGAGGAAUUGGUGGCCAGUCAGGUUCAUGUAGACAUCAAUAUUGUAGAUUCCUAA